AUGGUCUCCCUCGAGUCUGACUGGUAUGUAGAUUGGACAUCUGUAGUCAUGGGCCCAGAGCUGCUCAACGACCAGGAUGGGGAGGAAGAAGACAACGACGAGGAUUACGACGAGGACGACAAAGACGAAGCAGAUGAUCGACAGCUGGAGGCAUUCGACAUCCUCCCACAAAACAGUAUCGUGUAUGUGAACGCUGGAGCAAUAUCACUCAACUUGCCCGUCGUCUUCCCAGCCUUCAAUCAUCCUCCAACCAUGCCCCGCGUGGGAUGAUGUUUGUUAGAAGGGUUACAACUCUAUGCAU